AUGAUGCACCCGGAGAAGACGUUACACCGUGAAGGUGAUCCGGGCUGGGCCUUGAGAGCGCAGCAGGUUUUUGCAGGGCACCUGCACUCCACUCCAGGCCAUCUAUCCCAUCCUCCUUGGUCCGAGAAUAUCCAAGGAGCGGUUCGAGGAGUUGCAGUUUUAGGAGUACCUAACGACGACGGUCAUUUCGCCGUGCACGCUGAUGGGAAUGUGGGUGGAAUCCGCUACUGCCUGGACCGUUUCCAACUGCGAAAACCGAAUGGCACGUCUUACCUAAUUGGCUGCAGCUGCCAGAGUGAGUAA